AUGUGGGACGCGUACAUCUCCAUCCGUGUGUGUUUGGGCAGGAAGACAACGCGUGCGUCCAAAUAUUUAAAGUAUGUGCUGUCUGAGAAGAUCCAGGAAGCUUCUCGACAGAACGGCAUCUUCUCUCAUGGCUCUGAAAAACAUCAAAUGUACAUCGGGUGUGCUGCCUCUGGUGACGCUGAUCGCAUGCGUGAUGCUCUGAAGGAGUUGCAAGACGCACUGUUCCACAGCUCAGUGAACGACGCCAUGAUGCGGAUAGCCAAGCAGGCGGCGCUGUCUGCCAAAGCCAAGAUUGCCGAGCAAGCUGCUCAGCAACAGGCAAGCUCGCGUGGUGGGUCCUUAUUUUCCACGACGCGUCACCUGCUUUCCCGUGGAGGUGCGACAGGAGCGCAUGGACCAAGCAGCAAUGACAGUAAAAGUGACCACGCAGGUGCUGAUACUCCUACCGGUGCGUCGGUCCAGAAACUCGCUCGAUUCUCAGGGUCGGAAGGAAGCGAUCACACAGGACACAGCAGCGGGAGCGACUCGGAAGCAGCAGGAGACAGUCGGACUCGUAGCCAAACGCUGUCAAAUAGCAGCAACGGCGGACUGAUGAAGAAGUUUCUUUCGUUCGGAAGCUCAAGGCACCGGCCGCGAUUUGUUAACCUCCGACGAAAGGGCCAAUCUGGUGAGGAAGUGCGGAAGAUGGAGCUGAAUCUGGACUCCAUCAGCGGAGGUCUGGACGAAGUCAAGUGGAAGUGUGCCGUGUUCCUGUACGAUGUGGAAGAGGUGGCGCAUGUGGCGCCGUCGCAGAUUAGUAUCUUGUCGUACCCAAGCAAGCAGCCACUGACGGGCAAGACCGACCGCAGUGCGUUGACGAAGCUGGUGAAAGCGGACACUAUUUGGACAGUAGAUAUUGGCGCCAACCACAGCGACAUGUUGAACGAGUGGUGA